GAGCAUACAGUCAGUGCCAUUUGCAAUGCACUGAGUAAAGCAGUUUACACGGAUAAUAUUAGCACAGAAAAAGGAAUUGAAAUAGUUAUAAAUCAUUUGGAAUUUUGUUUCUGCUAUCUACGGACGAGGCGAGCUAUCAAUUACUCUAUUUGGUUACGAAGUGAUACAGUGAGAUGAGCAAUUUUAAUAAUAAUUUGUAAUUAUCAUUGACCAACGCAUGGACUAUCUACUUUGUUGUGUUAUUUUUUGGUGACAGAAAUAAUUAACUGCUGAAAAAGAAUUAAGAGCAGAAUGGACCUGACGGUCGCGUUAAUCACCGUUCUGGUGGGACUCCUCGUCAUCCUGAUAAUUUAUCAAAUGACCUACUGGCCAAGGAAGGGGAUUCCCCACGUCCCAACGAUUCCAGUGAUCGGUAGCAAAUACGUGAGUCUGUUCUUCGGGCGAACAUCAGUUGCGGAUUUCUCGGAGGACCUCUACAAGAACUUCCCCGACGCCAAGUACUUCGGUGUGACCAUGUGGAACCAGACAAUAAUAAUUCUCAAAGAUCUCGACCUGAUCCGAGACAUCUGCAUCAAGAAUUUCGACAACGCCCCGGAUCACCGGAGUUUCGUCGACGAGAGGAUGGAUCCGAUCCUCGGGAAAAACGUUUUCUCUUUGAAAGGGGAUCGGUGGCGAGAGGUGCGCAGCGCCCUGAGCCCCUCCUUCACAGCCAGCAAAAUGAAGUUCCUCUUCCAGUUGGUGUCAAAGGUCUCAGAGGACUUCACCCAGUACCUCCUGGAUAAUCCAGAAAUAACAAAACUAAUCGAGACAAAAGACGCCUUCAGCAGAUACACAAACGACGUAAUAGCGACCGCGGCUUUUGGGAUAAACGUGGACUCCAUGAAGCACCGGGACAACGAGUUUUUCUUCCGAGGAAAAGACGCGACGAACUUGAGUGGAACCAAACGGGUCCUCAAGUUCUUCGCAGGGAUCACCUUCCCGAGGCUGAUGAGGUUCCUGGGGCAGACGUAUCUCUCCAAAGAGACGAACAAGUUCUUCAUAAAUUUAAUCCACGAUACCGUGACAAUGAGAGACGAGAGGGGUGUCAUGAGACCGGACAUGAUUCAAUUGCUAAUGCGGGCAAGAGAUUCCAGUGGAAUUAAAAUAGACAUGGACGAUAUCGUGGCGCAGGCGUUCAUAUUCUUCCUGGCAGGAUUCGACACCACCUCCACGCUGAUGAGUUUUCUCUGUCACCAGUUAGCGUAUCACCCAGCGGUCCAGCAAAAGUUGCGCGAGGAAGUGGACGAGGUCCUCGAGGACAAGGAAUUCUCAUACGAAAUGCUAGCUAAACUCAAAUACAUGGACAUGGUGAUCAACGAGACCCUCCGGCUCUAUCCCCCUGCGACUUUCCUCGAUCGGGUGUGCGAAAAACCCUUCGAAUUACCCCCCGCCCUGGAGAAUUCACCAGGAAUGACCACCGAUCGGGGUGUAACCUUCUGGGUUAAUAUCUACAGCAUUCAAAGAGAUCCCAAAUAUUUCCCCGAGCCCGAGAACUUCGACCCUGAACGCUUCAACGAGGAGAACAAAGCGAAUAUCGAACCCUUGUCUUUCGUUCCGUUUGGAAUCGGUCCUCGCAAGUGCAUUGGGGAACGGUUCGGCAUGAUGGAGACUAAACUCGUACUUGCGAGAAUUAUUCACAAGUUUACUGUGUUGCCGAGCGAGAAGUCAACGGAGAAAAUUGAAAUAGCGAAGAACAGCUUGAGUCUCACGCCCAAGGGUGGAAUCUGGCUCAAGUUGCAGCCGAGGACAUAGGGCUGUUUCAUUCUCAUACUGACAUAUUGAAUUUUAAUGGUCUUGAUGGUUCAGUGGUGUUGGUUUUUCUGUCUUAUACACUUUAAUAUAUACUUUUGAAAUUACUGUAAUAAUAAAAGAAAUUGAAUAUUUUUUUAAGCUAAA